GGGGCCCCAUGAUCCCCUAUUGCCCUGGGGCCCCAUGAGUUGUCAGUCCGCCCCUGGUGCCAGCUGUCAGUGCUCAUCAGUGCCACGUGCCAGUGCCUAUCAGUGCCACGUGCCGGUGUCCAUCAGUGCCACAUCAAUGCCACAUAUCAGUGCAUACCAGUGCACAUCAAUGCCACAUAUCAGUGCCCAUCUGAGCUGCCUUUCAAUGUCACCCAUCAGUGCCAGUCAGUGCCACCUAUCAAUGCCAAUCAGUGCCACCUAUCAAUGCUGCCAAUCAGUGCCACCUAUCAGUGCCAGUCAGUGUUACCUAUCAGUGCGUAUCAGUGCCCGUCAGUGCUGCCUAUCAGUGCCAGUCAGUGCCGCCUAUCAGUGCCAGUCAGUGCUGCCUAUCAGUGCCAUACAUCAGUGUCAUGUAUCAGAGCUGCCUUUCAGUGCCCAUCAGUGAUGCCUGUCAAUGCCCAUCAGUGCAACCUACCAGUGCCUCCUGAUCAGUGCCCAUCAGUGCCACCUAUCAGUGUCCAUCAGUGCAGCCUAUCAGUGCCCAUCACUGCAGCCUCAUUAGCGCACAUCAGUGAAGGAGAAAAUUCACAUAUUUACAAAAUUGUAUAACAAAAACUAAGAAAAAACAUUUUUUUUCAAAAUUUUCAGUGGUUUUUUUGGUUUGUUUAAGAAAAAAUAA